CGUGCCUCAAAAUCUUGAUGUUAAAAAACAAGACACAUCCAGUCACCAAUUUUCUGCAGACAUAAAUAUGUUCCUAAAGCAAAACACACUUUCUCCAACUGAAGGACUGAAUGCUUUACUGAAAGGUUUGGAAGAUACUUACAACCUGAGCAUUCAAGCAUUAAAAUUUGAAGGUCUAGAAAUACGAGUGGAAUGUGUCACCCUGGGAAGCCUUGAAAGACUCUGGAGAUACUUCCUCUCUCGCCGCCUCAAUGAAAUCGCUGAGAUGUGCAUUCUGACCGAUGAAGUAAAAAAGAAACUGAACCUGAAAAAUAUGAGACUAACAACUGUCAUUAAAGAAGAGGACUACGAGACAUGCAGAAGGUCUUUCAUUGAGCGAGUGAAGCCAUCAAGCGCAGGUAAAAGUCAAGGCGCCGUCAUGGAACUGCGUGAGAUAAUAGUAAAAAUCACCACCCACAAUGCUGAUGGUGAAAAUCUGAAGGAGUCCAACCAAAAUUUUGGAGCCGACGUUUUAAUGUUCCUUAACUGCAACACAUUUUCACCAACGAAAGGAAUGGGCCACUUUCUUAAGCAUAUUGAAGAUGCUUACAACCUGCGCACCAAAGCAUUGGGGUUCAGCUGCCUAGAAAUAGGAUUGGAAUGCGCAACCGCGCAGGGCCUUGAAUGUCUGUGGACGGACUUCGAGUCAGGUUACCUCAAUGAAACUGCAGAGAGAUGCCUUUUGACUGAUGAAGUAACCGAAAACCCUCAGAUGAAAGAUGUUAGGGUGAAAACGGUUAUCAAAGAUGGGGAGUACUUCGCAUGUAGGAAGUCGUUUUUUGAACCAACGAAGCCAAGGAAAGGAGUUGCUAGUCCAGGCAACGUUACGGAAUCGCAAGAAAUGUCAGUUAAAAUCACCAGCCAUAAUGUUGAUGCUGUAAAAAAGGAGAAAUUGAACCAGUAUUUUCAACAAGAAGUCAAGAACUACAACGCGUUCUCUCAAACCGAAGGACUCGCUGACUUUCUUGGCCGUUUCAGAAACAAGUGCAAUGUACGUAUAAAGGCAGUAGGACUUGGAUCCUUAGAAAUUCGAGUGGAAUGCCCCACCCUGGCGAGUCUUGAAAAUCUGAAGAGCGAUUAUUGUUCUGGUUACCUCGAUGAAAUGGCUGAGAAGUGCAUGCUGACUGAUGACGUGAGACAGAAACUUAAUCUGAAAGAUGUCAGCUUAAAAGUUGUUAUUAGAAAAGAAGACUACGACAGAUGCAGAAAAUCUUUCUUAGGACCUGUGAGGCCAUCAAGCGAAGUUACAAAUCCAGAAAAUAUUCCAUCUUAUCACACUGACCAUUCAAAGUCACAAGCUGAAGGAAACGGUUUAAAAGAAGCCGAGCAGGACGCCGAGGCUUACUUCACAAUAACUACACGAGAUUCAGAAGGAAAACCGUUUUAUAGCAAACAAGAACACGUGACCGUCACAAUCAGAUCUCGAACAGGGAAAGAAGAAGUAAAAACCAUAGACCUUAAAGAUGGCAACUACACAGUCUAUUACAAACCAAAGAGUGCUGGGGGACACGACGUUACGAUUGUGAUUAACGGAUGGCCGCUGACUGGUAGUCCUUGGAGAGUUAACGUGAAGCCACAUCAGUACAAAAUAGUCAAGUCGUGUGGGUCAAGUGGAAAUGGAGAAGGAGAAUUUCAUUUACCGCGCAGUAUUGCAAAGAAUGAAAAAACAGGAGAAAUUAUUGUGGCAGAUACGUUGAAUGGCCGCCUUCAGGUUUUGGAUGAAAAUUUGAAAUACCUCAGGACGAUAGGAGGUGAGACAGGAUUACCAACUGGUGCAGCUCUGAAGAUUCAUGAGCCUGGGUCAGUAGCAGUCGCAAGGAAUGGUGAUACGAUCGUAAUUGAUAACGAUGGACCUUCAAGACAAAUGCUUCUAAUCACUGAUGAUGGCCAGUUUAUCCAAAAGUUCACGAAGCACGUAAUCACUCCUCGGACUGUUUUUGUCACAAAUGAUGAUGGUCACGUGAUCGUGUGUAAUGACGCUGACGGUAAAAUUAAGGUCCUUUCCUCGGACGGUGCACAAUUGCUACAGUCUUUCAGUGUCCCGUAUUAUGACCAUAGACCCAACUGUGUAUUUUAUCAUCAAGAAAAGUUCUUUGUGUUGUAUUCCACCGCUGACUGUGUCAAGGUUUUCAAUACGGAAGGUUUAUUUCUAUUUACUAUUGGCAGCAAGGGGUCUGGUGAAGGACAGUUCCUGUGUCCCUGUGGCCUUGUUGUUGAUGCUUUUGAUAACCUGAUCGUCUGUGACAAUGGUAAUAGAAGACUGCAAAUGUUUACCCUGGAUGGUGAAUUUCUCGGUUCCUUUGAUCAAGAAAACCGAAAACCCUGGGCUAUAACAGUUUGUAAAAAUGGUGACUUGCUGGUUACUGAUACUCUACACAACAGUGUUUUGAUUCUACGAUAAAAUCCUUUUUUUCUUUUUUUAAAAAUUUGUGUCUAUCCACUUUCUCGAUAAACAUUUUACGAUGAACUUGUUGUUGCUUAUUUCCUUCUCAAUCUGCGAUGUCACCGGAAGCCAUAACAGUAACGCACUUGUCAGCAAAUACGCUCGCGUGAUCUCCGACCCAUAAGAGCCUCCCUGUUUACGCUUCGCCGCUAAUAUUACAGAUUUAUAUUUUCGCCACUGCAAGUAAAUAUCGCGAGAACAAUAGAUACUACCCAAUGUCUUUAGUCGCAGUUCAUAUCACUUUCGAUGCAUUAAACACCAUGUGAUUGAUA